CCACCUUCUUUCUUUCUCUCUCUCGCUCUUCCCUCCCUUCUCUCUCUCUCUGUCUGUCUUUCUCAAAAGUCUCACCGUCAAGAUCUUCUGGAUUCUCCUUUCAUCUUGCUUUUCAAAGAUCCACUUCUCACACUGUUCGACACUCCUGCUGUUUUUUUGCCAUUUCUGCUGGAGAUUUUUGCUUUGGAUCUCCGUCGCACUUCAUGGAUCUAUGAAUUGCGCUUGGAUUACCCGCAUUGUUGUUUGGAGGUAGGGUUUGGUAUUUUGGCGCUCUGAAUUGCUGGAGAUUGGUGGUUUAGUGUGUGGGAAUAGAUAUGCAAACUUAUCUGCGUUUGUGGGGAGAAGUGAAUGGGAACGUUUGUAGUCGCGGAGAACUUCAGCAGAACCCCAGACUGCUCCAGGAAGUACUCCACGGCGGUGUUCUGGUCUGAGGAAAAUGCUUGUGAAUUGCAUUUUGGAGAGAGAAGAUGCUCCUUUUUCUUCUUCCUUUGCUCACUGUGCUUCAUACUAAUUUCGUAAUGAUCCAGCUGAGAAAGUUGAUUCGUAAAGGUAAUUUAUGGAAUGUGAAACGAUGUGGUGCCAGAUAAUAUGCUGCUGCAGCUACUCGUUGAUGUAAAACUUCCUUACAAAUAUGAAUAAUGAGGGACUCCUUCACAAGCCAUUUACUUGUCUCCAUCUCAAGUGCCCCCUCCAUUAUUAGCAAGGAAGAAUCCUCUAGAACAUGUGACUGCAGCAUCGAUAAGUACAUUCUUUACUGCCCGGAGGCGCCACUUUAAAUAUUUAUCAGCUGCACCAGCUCCGUCCACAUUGUCACAAGGCAUCGCCGCCGUGGGCAUAAAAUCAGAAGUCAUGCAGUUUCUCCCUCUCCUGCCACUUCUCCAGGUUGUGGUCAAACCUGUGCCGAGCCACUUACUUCAGCUCCUUUUGGUUCACCCUGCAUGUGCGUCUUUCCAAUGAGAGUCAGACUUUUGCUAGGGGUGUCCCUCUAUGCUAUCUUUCCAGAGGUCACUGAGUUAGAGAUUGAGGUUGCAGCAGGCACCUAUCUUAAGCAAAGUCAAGUAGCAAUAAUUGGUGCUAGUGCUGACAUUCAGAACCAGGAAAGAACAGUAGUUGAUAUAAAUUUAGUUCCUCUGGGUGAGAAGUUUGAUAAUACAACUGCCAUGCUGACUUAUCAAAGAUUUCUGCAUAAGAAAGUGCCUCUGAAUAGGACCCUUUUUGGUGAUUAUGACAUAAUGCAUAUUGCUUAUCCAGGGCUCCCUUCUUCACCCCCAUCUGGCAUUUUAUUUGGUGAGGCUCCCACUGGAAGUGUUGGAAAUCAGCAAUUCCCUAUCACUGCUGAUUUUGUUGGCAAAAAGCAGAAAAUGAACCCUCGACUUGUCUUCAUAAUUGCUUUCUCAGCUUUUGUGGUCCUGGUGGUUUGUUGUGCAGCAGUUGCUGUCCUAGUAAAGUGUAGGAAAGCACGCAGGUCAUCAAAUGCUGUUGGUCCAGUAUCCGCACCGCCUGUGAACAAAAGAUUUGGAAUAAGGUCUGUGCUGUCAAGUAGUCCAGCCAGCUCCACAUCAGCCUCACUCAUUUCCGCCAUGCCUGCAUCUGUCCUCUCUGUUAAAACGUUUUCCAUGGUAGAGAUCGAGAAAGCCACAGAAAAGUUCAGUCCCAAAAGGGUGUUGGGUGAAGGAGGAUUUGGGCGUGUUUAUCAUGGGAUCAUGCAAGAUGGAACUGAAGUUGCAGUGAAAUUACUGACAAGAGAUAACCAAAAUGGAGACCGUGAAUUCAUUGCUGAAGUUGAGAUGCUAAGUCGGUUGCAUCAUCGUAACCUUGUGAAAUUAAUUGGCAUAUGCAUCGAACAACGAACGCGCUGCUUGGUCUAUGAGCUUGUUGCAAAUGGCAGCGUCGAGUCCCACUUACAUGGUGUUGACAGAAGCAAGGGACCUCUCAACUGGGAUGCGCGAUUGAAGAUUGCUCUUGGUGCAGCAAGAGGAUUAGCUUACCUUCAUGAAGAUUCUAAUCCUCGUGUUAUUCAUAGAGACUUUAAAGCUAGUAAUGUUCUACUAGAAGAUGACUUUACCCCUAAGGUCUCGGAUUUUGGUUUGGCUCGGGAAGCAACAGAGGGAACUCAUCACAUAUCUACUCGGGUCAUGGGAACUUUUGGGUAUGUUGCUCCUGAAUAUGCGAUGACAGGACAUUUGCUUGUCAAGAGUGAUGUUUACAGUUACGGAGUGGUGCUAUUAGAGCUGAUCUCAGGUAGGAAACCUGUCGACAUGUCACAACCUCCUGGACAAGAAAACCUCGUGACUUGGGCACGGCCUUUGCUGACAAAUCGAGAAGGUUUGGAACAAUUAGUAGAUCCUUCCUUGGCUGGAAGCUAUGAUUUUGACAACAUGGCAAAGGUUGCUGCCAUUGCCUCAAUGUGUGUUCACCCAGAGGUGACUCACAGGCCGUUCAUGGGAGAAGUUGUCCAGGCACUCAAGCUCAUCUACAAUGAUACAGAUGGGACAUGUGCAGAUGCUUGUAGCGUGAAGGAAUCCUCUGCUCAUGAUUCCGAUUUCAAAUGUGAUUUCACGCAGUCUGACAGUAGUUGGUGGAAUGCAGGUGGCAUUACCCCUCGUUUAACAUAUGGACAAGCCUCUUCUUUCAUAACAAUGGAGUACAGUUCAGGUCCUCUUGAAGAGUUGGAAAACAGACCGUUUUCAGCUGAGGGCGGUGUUUCCUUGCCAAUAAGGCACGGAAACAGAUCAGGUCCUUUGAGGACGAUCAGGAGUAAUCGAGCGUUUUAUAGAUUAGACGGAAGUACAAGCGAACACGGGGGCCUUCUCCCAAAACGGGCUUGGAAUUAUGGCAUCGGCUAUGAAGCUUCGUUUUAGUGUGUUUUCAGAAUGUACAGAAUCGAAGAACCAUUGUUAUUGAGAUGGGUGGUUCUUGUUGAUGUAGUUUUAGGUGUUUGAAAUUGGCGCAAUUUCCUUGUGCAAAGAGGGGAAGAGUGGAAGGGCUCAAUGGGCUUGUAAUUUUGUUAAUCUUGAAAUUCAUCAACAUAUGAACGAGCUGUAAUUUGGAGCACUGAUGACGUAUAUGCAAAUGAAUGAAUACCUAUGGUUCAACAGCUGAA